UCCGGUAGGGUUUAUCAGUCCAACGAUUGUGUUGUGUGAGCUGCCUCUCAAUUGUGUACGCUCAACUGGUCUGCAAAACAUGCCUCGUACGACGACGGUUGAUUGCCGCGGCUGUCCUCCGCUUCGUGCCCUAACGUUCGAUGUUCUUGGUCUCGUCAAAGUCAUUGAAGCUCGGGGCAAGGAAGGAGAGAUUCCGAAAGUCGUUGACAGAUGGGGCGAACCUGAUUUCUCCAAAUCGGUGCUUGCAGCUUCUCUUAUUGAUCGUAAAUUCGAUCCUUUAUUAGCUGUUGCUCGAAAAAAUGGUCUGAUUGAAGUUCUUAAUCCUUUGAAUGGUGAUCUUCAUGUUGUAAUUUCGGACAAUACCGAUACUUCCCCUCCACCAAAAGAUGAAGCUAUUGUUGGAAUGCAUUUAUUUUCAAAAGAUGAAUUGGAAGUGGAAUCUAGGCAUUGCACCUUGCUUUCAUGUACAACAAAAGGAAAUGCGAGCAUGAGAUCAUUUGAAUUUUCUAGUUCAUCUUCAAAAGACACCUCUACCAAUCUUGUAAGAUCGUGGAAAGUAUGUGGUUCGGGUGAUGUUAUGUGCUCCAAAGUUGAUGGAAGUGAAACCCAUGCAUUGUUUGGAGGGAAGGGUGUUGAAGUUAAUAUGUGGAAUCUAGAACAGUGCACUAAGAUUUGGACAGCAAAAGCACCGAAGAAGAACAGCCUUGGUAUUUUCACACCAACUUGGUUCACAUCAGCAACAUUUCUUAGUAAAGAUGAUCACCGUAAGUUUGCAGCUGGUACCAACAGCCAUCAGGUUCGACUGUAUGACAUUUCUGCUCAGAAGAGACCUGUCAUCUCAUUUGAUUUUCGAGAGACUCCUAUUAAAUCCUUGGCAGAAGAUGUAGAUGGUAACACAAUAUUCGUGGGGAAUGCAUCUGGUGAUCUUGCAUCUUUUGAUAUUCGCAAUGGAAAGUUAUUGGGUUGCUUCUUGGGGAAAUGUUCUGGCAGCAUAAGAUCCAUCGCCAGGCACCCGGAAUUCCCCGUCAUAGCAUCAUGUGGACUUGAUAGUUACGUGCGCUUCUGGGAUAUAAAGACAAGGCAACUUCUGUCUGCGGUAUUCCUAAAACAGCAUCUUACUGGUGUUGUCUUUGAUUCUCAUUUUGUUGAAGAAGAUGUAACACAGAUUGCAGUAGAGUCAAUCCAACAAGAAACAGAGGUAGCUCAAACUAUCAAUGAGGAACACGUGCCUCGGAAAAGAAAAAAGGCAUCUAAAGAAGACAGUGAAGGUGGAAAGAGAAAAGGUAGCAAGACGGCCGACAAAGAAAAAAAAAAGCAGAAUGAAGUCACAUGGCGAAACAGAAAGAAAGCAGAGGUAGUAGGAGUUAUGUUCAAAUGAAGGAAGAUGGUUAGAAUCUGAUAUUCUUGGUUCUUGAGAAAACAGAUGGGUAUUCUUCUUCUGAAUCUAUUCAGUUAGCAGAUGGUGUUGGAAGGGUACAAGAAAAAAGUUGUUUAUCUCACCAAUGCAUUAAAUUUUGACCCAAAUCCUGAGUGGUGGAUAUGCAGGCUCCAUCAUUUUUGGUUUUUUGUCAUGCGAAGCGAAGUAUGAAUGAUUCCAUUGGAAGCAGUUCAAGCAUGUACUACUACUUGAGAGGUUCCCAUGUAAAAUGCUGUUUUGUUUUUACCAUAUUACUUGUUAGAAGUAUUUGAGUAGAAUACGUAUAAUGUUUUAGAUUAUCCCCUUCAUUUCUGGACCUAGGUACUGGAAAGUUGGGGCAACUUAACUUAUGAGCUCAUCAAUUUUCGAGGACAGGUCAGCAAGUCCUUGAAAUAUUAACUAUCAUUUUUUAUAUAGUAUAAAAUAUAACACCCAUUUGUAUUUGUGAGUUCAAUUAAUAGACAUUAGUAUCUUUUUGCACCUAUUGUAUAUAAUUUCACAAUAUAUGACCCAAAA